UCAAACACGAUGGAGGGACAUCUCACAGCUUCCGCUUGCCUAAUCUUUCUAAUCACCUUGGUUAUCCAAGGUUCGUCGGGCGGCGUUUUCAAGGAGCUAACCACGCCACUGGGUCAACAGAUCAUGCGCAUCGCCAUCGCGGAGAUGCGCUCCUUUAUGGACACCAAUGUGAGUCCCUGUGAUGAUUUCUACACACACGCCUGUGGCAACUAUGCAGUGAUUAAUGCAGCCACCGAGCAGAAGGAUACCAGUAUGGGCCAGCUGUUUGCCCACUACCUACGUCGGGUGAGGCAGCUGCUUAAGGAGCCCCGAAUCAGCACAGAUCGUCCAAUGGAGGUGAGGGUUAAGUACUUCUAUGAAUCCUGCCUGAACACAACGGCCUUGCGGUUGAAACAGCGAUCCCAUCUACUGAGUGUCUUGAGGGAGUUCGGUGGCAUGCCGGCUGUGCAGGGCGAGGAUUGGAACCCUAUCGAAUUCGAUCCUCGAAUGAUGGCCCAGCUACUGCGACGCUACGGCAAGAGGACUUUUCUGGGUGUCCAAGUGGCUUCGGUUGCCAACUCCCAGAUAAAUCGCCUUUACCUGGGUCAGAGAGACGAUCUGAGUAAUAGCCGUUCGUUUAUCAAGUAUAUGUUGUUUAAGCAGAGGCAUGACUUCCUGGGUGUUCCGGAGGAGCGAGCUGAAGAAAGUGCUUCGGAGGCAUAUGAUCUGGAUUUGGAACUAGCCCGCUACGUUCCUGAACCCGGAACAGAUCGUGAUCCACGACUGAAGAAUCACCUGACCAUGUUGUCCAACAUGAGCGAUACCUACGGACCGAUUCUCAACCUGACUCGCUUUGUGAACAUCUGGUUGGGUCACGAUUACAAUCUGCCGGUGUACGAGUCAGUGCCCAAUUACCUUAUCCAGGUGAACAAGAUCCUAUUGGCCACUCCCAAUCAUGUGCUGGCCAACUAUAUGCUGUCCACUCUCCUAGACGACUUUGAGAUCGAUCAGGAUGAGGGACGUCAGGAGGAGAUCUGUGCGGAGAAGAUCACUGAUCUAUUUCCCGAUGUGGUGGAUCAGAUGGUGUACCAUUCACUGCAGCAGCAAAGUCCCCAUAUAGCCAACGAGUUAAGGAGUCUUUGGGUGGAACUGAACUCCUUCCAGGAGAUCCUGAGUUCGCCCGAUCUCAAAUGGCUGGAGGAACACACGCGUGAGGAGCUGCUGGAAAAGCUCAAGGUUAUGUCCUUCGAGAUAGCGGGCGAUCAGGCGGUAAACUUCGAGGAACAGUAUGGCGAACUGGUGGUCAGCUCCGCCGAUUACUAUGGCAAUGUUCAGCGACUGUUGGAGGUACAGGGCAAGAAUCUCCGUAGGGAUCUGAUGCGGGAGUCCAGGAGCACUAACUACUACUAUGAUGGCGUGAUCGAUUCUCCACUUUACGUGACGGAAAACAAUCUGGUGGUGCUUCCUACCAGCUUUAUGCAGCAUCGCUAUCUCUGGGACGACGUUUAUCCGGCUGCCCUCAAGUACGGCACUCUGGGUUUCGUCCUUAGUCACGAGAUUGCCCAUGGAUUCGACGAUACGAGUCGACUCUUCGACAGCAAGGGAAACCUAAACGACACAUGGAGCAGGCAGACCAAAAUGAGCUUCGAAUUGAAUAAGAAAUGCCUGGCAGAACAGUUUGGUAAGAUGGAGUACGACGGCAUAGCGUUGCCAAAGUGGGAAUCGCAAGGUGAGAAUAUAGCAGACAAUUUGGGUAUUCGCAUUGCUCAAUCGGCAUACAGCAAGUGGUUGGAGCAAUUGAAGAGCCAGGAUACGGACCUACCCCAUAUGUCCCAGUCGCCGAAGCAGCUCUUCUUCCUCGGAUUGGCCCAGUCCAUGUGCUCGGAUAUAUGGGAUGACAGACGAUAUUCGGUUGUCUACCACAGUGCCCAUCCGCCGCAUGAGUCCCGGGUGUUCGCCAUGAUGACUAGUUCCCCAGACUUCGCCGAGGCCUUCCAGUGUAGUAACACAACCCGGAUGAAUCCCUCACGCAAAUGCAAAAUGUAUUGAGAUUUCCCUUGUAUCUCAGAGAUUACGCCAAGAGCGUAUAUAUAUGUCUAAUAAAUGGUUCCGCUUCCAA